UGUGGGGGGGGGGGGGAGAGAUGUCUAAUAGCUUUCCUUCUGGAUAACCUCAUCAGCAAAGUGCACUGUGGCAGUACAUGGUUCACUAGGUUGCAUCUGUUUUAGAUUUGAUGUUGUGAAUUUCUUAACAGGCAGACAUGCUUAAAACAGAGGUAGAUGUCGACUGGAAGGACAUUCUACAUUUCUAAAUGUGCUGCUAUCUAAUAGAACGCUAAAAGCAGACUUUCACACUGUGGAGGAAGCUGGAUGUGGAUGGUAGAUGAAGUGGAUCGCAAUUAAAUAUUUCAAUAUUUUCAGCGCUUAUUGAUUUUGCAACAUACGGCGGCUGUAUGAUGGCAGUGAUAUACGACGCAUACUGGUGUGGGUCGGCAUCGACAACUUCCAUCCAUCACAUGUGAUUCAAAAUGACAAAUGAUCUGUAUAUCACAUAGAGCAGAACAUCUCCAGCCUCAGAAAGCAGCAAAUGCACCUGUGUUGUUUGUGCAUUGAUUUUGCACUGUGAUUUAGUGAUGAUGUGUUGCUUAAUAACAGUGUUUGUACCAAUCAGAUGUUGAAUGUAGAUGAAGACAAGAGGGCUUACUUCUCCUCUGGUCUUAUUCAAUUGUUAGAAAGACAACUUUUUUAGCUACUACCACAUAUAAAAGGCUAUUGUCCUCAUCAAUUGCAGACUUAAUGAACUUCUUCAGGAGCUAAGUUGUGGAUAUGCAGUCUACAAAAGAUAAAGAAAGCAAGAUAUUUCUAGCAGCCCACAUUUUGAAAUGGUCAAAUCACUGUGAGGUUUGACGAGUCACAUGUCAAUAUGACCUAUCUGAACCGACUAAUGCCAUGCUGCAAAGCAUGUGAUGAAGUUUUCGGCAAAAAGCUCUGAAAAUUGUUUGUGUAAAUGAGAAGCCUGCAUGUUGAGAUCUCUUUUUUCCUAAAACAACAAUGUUAUUCUUUAGAUAAUAACAUCGGAAAAACUCUUUGUGCAAUAUUGCGCUUGAGGGAGCCGCAUCAGCACUGCAGGAGCUGUGGGCUAAUAAACUGAGAAGCCUGCAGUGGGAAAUGUAAAAAACAGACAUAAUACAAACAUUACAAUUUCAUGAUCUCCAAAUCACUCCUGAAAUUCUGUGAUGCAUCUCUGAACGUUUAACAGUAAAAUCCUCAUUAACAUGAUUUUACAGUUUUUCAAACCAUAUUAACUGGCUUCUCUGCUUUUGGCUCGACUACAUAAUCUUUUCUCACAAAUUAUGAGAAUUUUUUAAAAAACUGUGAAUGAGACACACGAAGGAAGAAUUUUGUAUGAAAUGAAAAAAUAUAUAUUUUUUAUUUGACCAACAGUAAUAACAGCUGUAACAGUUUAGUUGUAUUCAGUUAUGCAAUGCUGUCAGAUGAUGGAAAAUAAUUUAUGAUUUAUGAGUUGACCUUUUGUUUCUGCAUUACGUCAAUUUGACACGGCUGCUGUGGACAUGGACCUGCUGAUUGCUCUGUGAGACGGGGACUGCCGCCUCGCUGUUACCUUGUUAGUUCAUUUAUGAUGCCCCCGCUCUGUUUCUUUCACAGUUGCAGACGAUUGAUGAGAGAUUAAACACAACUUUGUGCUCAUAGUGCUAAAGAUCAGUCUGUCCUUCAGGUGGACUGCGGGCUGGAUGUGCGAAGAGUGACCGAUGAUGACCGCAGCGCGUACUUAAAGUACAAAGCGGAGGGUUUAGUGUUGAAUUACCGCCACUGCUCGUUUGAGUGUCUCUCUCCUGAUUAAGGUUUCCUCUGUGCUGUUCUCUCCAGGGGGUCCACAUUGCUAUAUUUUACUCUCCUAUAGGAAUAGAGUGAACGUUUGAUGGAUGAUUGGUUUGGAGACGAGCAGUUAGAUGUGUUUUGUCCCUGCAGGCAUGAUACUGUGAGGCCGCUGCAUGAGGCAGCCUGGACGGGCAUGAUGGAGGAGGCUGCCAGUCAGCUCGAGAGGGACCAUGUGCACAGUGUCUACGACAAGAUUGCUCCAUAUUUCAACGACAGCCGCUAUAAAGCCUGGCCGAAGGUCCGACAGUUCCUGCUGGACCUGCAGCCGGGGAGCAUCGUGGCUGACAUUGGUUGUGGCAAUGGCAAGUAUCUCCACAUCAACAAGGAGGUGUUCAAGCUGGGGUGUGAUGUUUGUCACCCCUUGGUGGACUUUGCCUGGAGCCAAGGACACGAGGUCCAGAUGUGCGACGGGCUGCAUUUGCCUUACAGAGACGGCUGCUUCGACGCUGUGCUCUCCAUUGCAGUCAUCCAUCAUUUGUCCACCAAAGAACGUCGUAUUCGAGCAAUAAAGGAGAUGGCUCGCACCCUGCGAGUGGGUGGACGCAUCAUGAUCUACGUGUGGGCCAUGGAGCAGAAACGUCGGAAGUUUGAGAAACAGGACAUCUUCGUUCCCUGGAACCCCAACCCUCACUCGCCCUCCGAUUUCACCAGGGAGCACGCCAAACCCAGAAGGAGGGCCACAGCUCAGAGUGUGAGGCAAGCCAUAGACAACACUGACAAGCACAGGAAGGUUAGAAGCACAUCCUCCGUGGCGGACGAGGAAGAUCUGGCCAGCGCCACGCCCCAGCAGAGCACACAGAGACUGUGGUUCUUCUCCAGGUCCCUGGAUUCUGUGUUUGACUUUGGAAGCCUAGCCAUCUCCCGGUCGUCCUCCAGAGACCUGAGGGCUUUAUCUUCACCCAGGGGAGAAAACGAGGGGAACAAGGCCAGCCGGUGCGGGAGAGGGCGAGGCCUCAUCAAACAGGUCUCCAGCUUCUUUUACCCGUCGCCUGUGAUCGGAUCAGAGGAGGACGUCUUUGACUCCGUCACAGACCUGCACAAGGGACAAAAUGAUCCCGGAGGCAACAACAACAACAACGGCAAACAGAACCAGAGUGUCUCAGUAUCUUUAGCCCGGGAGUGUGGCUCUCUGGCCCUGCCGGAUCUGGUCCCUUUCCAGAAGGAGCACCUGAAGCAGUCUGGAGAUGAAAGAGGAGGAGGGCUGCAGGGAAAAGAGCAGCAGGAAAGCACAAGGAGUCCUCAGGGGAGCGAGGGGCAGGUGGAGGGCUCCUGCCUGAGGUACUAUCACGUCUUCAGGGAGGGAGAACUAGCAGAGCUGAUAGAGAACCACGUCGAAGAGCUUCAUGUCAAACACGCCUACUUUGAUCACGCCAACUGGUGUGUGGUGGCAGAGAAGGUUCGGUUAUGGAAAAUAUGAUUUUAACUUGUUUGAUUUUAUUUUCUCGCAUCAACUCUGCCUCAAGUUUUAGCACUCAAUCACACGUUUGAUGAUUACGCCACUCUUGUGACUGAAAAGUGAAUAUACAGAUGUAGCCGUUGUUGAAAGUACACUAAACUACUCCUUUGCUGCAAUUCUCUACUUAACUUCAGUGUAACUUAAUAGUUUCUGGUAGUACUAGAGCCAGCUGUGUGACAGACCUUUUCAUAUCUAGCAUUAAAUAUCAUUUUAGAUGGUAUCAUGGUAAUGGUUUUGCAGCAGCAGUAGAGGUAGGAGGUGUUCAACAAUGGCCAUCACUGUACACUAUACCACAUUUUUUUAAGUAUUUAUUCUAUGUCGAUACAUGAAACCACAUGUCCAGUGUGUGUUCCCUUUUAGUUUUAGGAAUUAGUUUUAAUUACCACAGCGAGCUCCAGUGCCGCUCAUGAUUUGAACUCUUUUAAAAGAGCAUUUCUGCACGAGAGAUUUUAAGAAAAGCACUGUUUCUCUCUUUGGACUUCUAAUAUUAGCCAAAGAUGGAAUUAGUGGGAACACAGUUCACUCUUCCACCUGCUCUUAAAUGUUUUAAUGCGUUUAUUACAGUGUAAAAUUCGUACUUAAUUCAUUGUUUUACAUGUUCCUUGACUCUUGAAUAUGAGCUAAAGUGUCUGUUAUGAACUGCUUGGUGGGACUCCUUAAGCUGCUCUUGUGUAAUAUCUCAUAACACUAUCAUAAGAAGAGCUGCAGAUUAUCUUCCAAAGCAUUUGUGCGUCUGCAUUUUAUUCUCCAAGCGUUUCUAAGAGCGUGCUGCCAGUGUGUGUGUGUGUGUGUGUGUGUGUGCUUGAUGUUUGUAAUAGUUGUAUACAGUCUUGUGUUGAAGUAACAAAUACACUGCCUCAUAUACUGUGAAUAAACAUUGCACUGUACCACAAAUAUGUCGCUGCUUGAUGUCGGUGAAUGACAUAAAAACACGGUCAGAUCUGAAACAUAUGUGCCAAGGACGGUGCAUAUCCUGAUCAGUACAGUGUGCGUCGACCAGCUGUGUUUGUUCUGAAGUGACACUGGUACAUUCAUGUCUUAUGUGACCUGAUAUAAAUACUUUUGAGUUUUUUUUGGUUUUCCUUUAAUAAAUAUUUUUGUUUAUGA